GGAGAGAGAGAGAGAGGAGAGGGAGGGAGAGAGAGGGCAGAGAAGGAGGAAUCGGUCAGAAGUUUGAGAUCAGAGACAAAAACAACCGUCAGCACAAACCACAGAGAGUGAGUGAGAGAGUGAGUGAGUGAGUGAGUGAGAGAGUGAGUGAGUGCUGAGGAGGUCCCUCGGGCUCUGGGAACCACAGCAGUGAAUGUGAUGGCGACGGAGCAGAAACCGUCCAAACGGAGAGUCAGCGACAGUCCGAGGGCUGAGGACUGCCCCGCGCCCGAGCCUGGGGCUAAAGCAGAGUCCGAGGCACGCCGUGAGAGGGAGCUGCAGGAAGCUCGCCUUGCGGCCAAGGCUAAGAGGAAGCAUCGGAAGAGCUCGUCUCGGGAUUCGGAUCGGGAAUCUGGACGGGAGUCCUUGUCUGAGAAUACAGAUGGCACCGUCUCAAAAGACAAAAUGGGAGAUAAAAAAUCCCGAUCUGGAAAGGGCCGUGGGCUUCCGAAAAAAGGAGGUGCUGGUGGCAAAGGUGUGUGGGGGGCUCCUGUCGAGGUUUAUGAUGUCGAAGAGCCAGAUAUCCGGGAUCCAAACUAUGACGAUGAUAAACAGGGGGAGACUGUGUUUGAGACCGUUGUUCCUGAAUUGAAUAAAGAUGAGUUUGACAAAGCUGUGACAUCGAUCAUUCAGGAGUACUUUGAGCAUGGAGACACAAAGGAAGUGGCUACCCUCCUGGGGGAGCUGAAUCUGGGCAGCAAGACCAACGAGGUGCCGUUCCUGUCGGUGCUGAUGUCGCUGGAGGGGAAGGCGAGUCACCGGGAGCUGAUGUCACAGCUGCUGGCGGACCUGACGGGGCGACGCUUGAAUGCAGAGCACGUGGCCACCGCCUUCGAUAAACUCCUGCGCAAUCUGCCUGACCUCAUCCUGGACACGCCCGAGGCUCCCCAGAUGCUGGGUCAGUUCGUAGCUCGAGCAGUCGCUGACCAUGUCCUCACCACUGACUUCCUGGACAGCUAUAAAGGGAUGGUGGAUUGUGAACACGCCCGUGCAGCGCUGGACCGAGCAGCCCUGCUGCUGAGCAUCAAUCGAGGAGUCCGUCUGGACAGUGUCUGGGGAGUUGGAGGUGGACUCAGACCAGUCAAGCAGCUUGUUAAGGAGAUGAAUCUUCUGCUGAAGGAGUACCUGCUGUCCACAGACACUGUCGAGGCUGAGCGGUGCCUCCAGGUCCUCGAGGUCCCACACUUCCAUCAUGAGCUCGUCUACGAGGCUGUGCAGAUGGUGCUCGAGUCUGUGAAUGACGAUGCUUCCGAUCUGAUCGCCAAACUUUUGAAGAUCUUCUGGGAGUCAGGAUUUGUGACCCUUGACCAGAUGAACCGGGGAUUCACGCGCGUGUUUGAGGCCAUGCCGGAUAUUAGUCUGGACAUCCCCAACUCUUACAGCAUUCUCAAGACAUUUGUGCAUCGUUGUUACAAGGACGGAGUCAUUACUAAAGCUCUCCAGGAUCAGUGCCCUUCACGGGACGUUAAGUCGGCUUUGAGCGGGGAGGAGGGUGGCAGCGUACUGCUGGCAGCCCAAUGAGACCCAGAGAGAGACGGACACUUCACCAUCCUGAAGGAGAGGGAACAUUUCAGAAUCCCUGGCAUGAACGGUCGCUAUUUUAACCGUUACAUUGGCUGUAUUUGGGUUACAGAUUCAUCACCUUGGAUAAGGAUGAAUUUAAACAGGGGAGGGACAUGCUACACGGCUCAGGGUUAAUUGCCACAAACUAGGGUUGUUAUUGUUAUUUUGAAGACUUGCUUGUGGGGCUUAGCUCUCUUUAGGAGCAGCACUUGCUCCAUCUUCUCGGUUGCUCAGCGCUCCCUGUCCCUGACCUGAUGACCCUGUGGUAGGCUUGGGGCUCUGUCUAAACAGACGCUGCUACAGUGUGAAAUGCUGCCGUUUAGACCGGUCCAACCAACCAAAUCUUCAAAAUCGCUUAAAAAAAAUCAUUCAAAGGAGUUUCUCAUUCACAAGACGUCAGUCAAUAUAUUAAACAUUGCAUAAGGAAUGUGAGGUGAAUAUUGGUACAUUUGUACUCGAAUGUAAUACGAUAUAGCAAUGAAGUCUGGAAUUGGAAUUUGAGCCAUUUGUUCUGUACUGUAGCUUUGUACGGCCUCUAAUAAAGCUUUAUGUUUUAUGGUG